AACCCUAACCAUAUAUAUAAAUGCGCAUCAUUUCACCAGUAAGAAACCCUAGAAGCAGUCCCUAAAACGACCACCGAAGAAGAAGGCUUUCAUAGUUUUUUCAAAUUAUUUGGAUACAGAGAGGAAAAAAUGAAGGUAAUUGCAGCUUACUUGUUGGCCGUUUUGGGUGGCAACGCAUCCCCUUCAGCUAAAGACUUGAAAAGCAUCCUUGGCUGCGUUGGUGCUGAGGCUGAUGAUGACAGAAUCAAACUGCUUUUGUCUCAAGUGGAGGGAAAAGACAUCACUGAGCUGAUUGCUGCCGGCAGAGAAAAGUUGGCUUCAGUACCUGCUGGUGGUGGUGCUGUUGCAGUUGCUGCACCUACUGGUGGAGCUGCUGCUGCAGCCCCUGCUGAGGAGAAGAAGGAAGAAAAGAAGGAAGAAAAAGAGGAGUCCGACGAUGACAUGGGCUUCAGUCUUUUCGAUUAGAAGAAUAUAUUGGUCUCCCUGCAUAAUGUAUUCCCUUCACCGGUUUCCCUUGAGCUUAUUUUAGGAAGUUUGUUGUCUACUUACAGAUUUUGUUGUUAGCACAGUUGAAGAACUUAGAUUUUGCUUUAAAAACUUGCUUGAGGCUGACAUUGGAAAUUAUAAUGAUGUUGAUUUCAAAAUUACAAUUUGUUGUUUGAUGCAUCA